AUGCUGGGUGGGCCCGGACUUGAAACAGUCGUUGAUCAAAUCAUUUCUGUUAUCACAAACGAUGGGCGCAACAUAGUGGGAGUUUUGAAAGGGUUCGAUCAAGCGACAAACAUAAUUCUUGAUGAAUCUCAUGAAAGAGUUUAUUCCACCAAGGAAGGUGUUCAACAACUUGUAUUAGGCCUCUACAUCAUACGGGGUGAUAACAUAAGUGUUAUUGGGGAAUUAGAUGAAGAGCUUGAUGCAAGCUUGGAUUUAACAGAAUUAAGAGCCCAUCCUUUGAAGCCUAUUAUUCAUUGAUCAUCUUCAUGUUUAUGAAUAUGUAGACUUAAAUGUUCUAUGAAAAUUUUUAAAUUUAGUUUUUGAAUGAAAAUUUUAUCGGAUUAAGGACACAUGAAAUCGAAGU